CACAAAGAACCCACCUGGGUAUUUGAAGAAAGCAACCAAAAAUGCAAACGGAGCAUUUUGUUUUUGUUAUAUAUAACAUGUCUUUGUUUAAUCUCUAAUUUUCAUUUCUCAAAUUCUCUUUUCUGCUCCUAUAUUUUAUUCACUGUAUAAUGUGAUGAGUGAAGGUUGGUAAUGGCAGCUGGUUCUGGUGGUAUAAAUAUAUACACAUAAACAUUCAUAAAGAGAGACAAAACUAAAGCUGUGUGCUUUGUGGGUAUUCGAGCAAUGAGAGUUUGGAGGGUUGUGGUGUAGUUUCCAUGGAAACUAAAGGCAGACUCAUUGCUGGUUCUCACAAUAGAAAUGAGUUUGUUCUUAUCAAUGCUGAUGAAAUUUACAGAGUAAGUUGUGUUAAAGAACUGAGCGGGCAAAUUUGCCAGAUUUGUGGGGAUGAGAUAGAGAUUAGAGUAGAUGGGGAGCCAUUUGUUGCUUGCAAUGAAUGUGCUUUCCCUGUAUGUAGACAUUGCUAUGAGUAUGAAAGAAGAGAGGGCAACCGAGCCUGCCCUCAAUGCAAGACCAUAUAUAAACGCAUCAAAGGGAGUCCAAGAGUCGAAUGGGAUGAAGAAGAGGAGAAUACAGAUGAUUUAGAGAAUGAAUUUGAUAUUUCUGGCCCUCACAGCUUUGCCGAAUCUAUGUUUAACGUUGGUCGGGAUUGGCAAGCCAAUGUUUCAGGGUUUACUGCACCAUCUGAGUUACAUUCUGCUCUUGUAGCUUCUGAGGUUCCUCUUCUGACUUACCAUGAAGAGGAUGUUGGGAUUUCACCUGAUAAGCAUGCUCUUAUUAUACCCCCAUCUCGCACUUCAUGGAUACAACCGAUGACAUAUCUUGAUUCUUCCAUGUCUUUGCAACCCAGAGCUAUGGACCCUAAGAAAGAUUUGGCAGUGUAUGGCUAUGGAACAGUUGCAUGGAAAGAGAAAAUGGAAGAGUGGAAGAAAAAGCAAAAUGAAAAACUUCAAGUUGUGAAGCACCAAGGUGGGAAGGAUGGUGGAUAUAAUGGAGAUGAGUUGGAUGAUCCCGACUUGCCCAUGAUGGAUGAAGGGAGGCAACCUCUUUCAAGGAAGUUACCAAUUUCUUCGAGCAAGAUAAGCCCAUACAGAUUGAUAAUUAUAGUCCGACUUGUAAUUCUUGGCCUCUUCUUCCACUAUAGAAUUCUUCAUCCAGUCAACAAUGCCUAUGGAUUAUGGCUAACAUCAACCAUUUGUGAAAUAUGGUUUGCUGUAUCAUGGAUAUUUGAUCAACUACCAAAGUGGUACCCAAUUAAACGAGAAACAUAUCUCGAUCGAUUAUCGUUGAGGUAUGAGAAAGAGGGGAAGCCAUCUGAAUUAGCCGCUGUAGACAUAUUUGUUAGUACGGUUGAUCCAAUGAAAGAACCUCCACUUAUCACAGCAAACACAGUUCUAUCCAUCCUUGCUGUAGAUUAUCCGGUCGAAAAAGUGGCAUGCUAUGUCUCAGAUGAUGGUGCUGCUAUGCUCACUUUUGAAGCACUCUCAGAGACUUCUGAAUUUGCAAGAAAGUGGGUCCCUUUCUGCAAGAAGUAUAAAAUUGAACCCCGGGCUCCAGAAUGGUACUUUGGUGAAAAGGUUGAUUAUUUGAAAGACAAAGUAGAUCCAGCAUUUAUCAGGGAGCGGCGCGCCAUGAAGAGAGAAUACGAAGACUUCAAAGUUCGAAUAAAUGGACUGGUUGCCACCGCACAGAAGGUUCCCGAGGAGGGAUGGACAAUGCAGGAUGGAACUCCAUGGCCAGGGAACAAUGUCAGAGAUCAUCCUGGAAUGAUUCAGGUUUUCCUGGGGCAACAUGGUGUCCAUGAUGUUGAAGGGAACCAACUGCCUUGUCUAGUUUAUGUGUCUCGUGAGAAGAGGCCAGGACAUGAUCACCACAAAAAAGCUGGUGCAAUGAAUGCUUUGGUGAGGGUAUCUGCAAUCUUAACAAAUGCUCCAUACCUGCUGAAUGUCGAUUGUGAUCACUAUAUAAACAACUGUAAGGCACUUCGUGAAGCCAUGUGUUUUAUGAUGGAUACAACAUCUGGAAAGAAUAUCUGUUACGUACAGUUUCCUCAAAGAUUUGAUGGGAUUGAUCGCCAUGAUAGAUACUCCAAUCGCAAUGUUGUGUUCUUUGACGUUAACAUGAAAGGAUUGGAUGGGAUCCAAGGACCUAUAUAUGUCGGCACUGGUUGUGUUUUCAGAAGGCAGGCACUUUAUGGAUAUGAUGCCCCCAUCAAGAAGAAGCCACCAGGCAAGACAUGCAACUGCUGGCCAAAAUUGUGCUGCUUUUGUUGCAGAUCUAGAAAGAAGAACAGGAAAGGAAAAUCAAACGAGAUUAAGAAGAAGAACAAGGAAGGUUCCAAGCAGAUACAUGCAUUAGAGAAUAUUGAAGAGGGUAUUGAAGGUAUAGAUAAUGAAAAAACAAAGUUAAUACCCCAAAUAAAAUUUGAGAAAAGAUUUGGGCAGUCACCGGUUUUUAUAGCUACAUUACUCAUGGAAGAAGGUGGGAUUCCAAAAGGAGCAACUUCUGCAUCGCUUUUGAAAGAAGCCAUUCAUGUCAUUAGCUGUGGUUAUGAAGAUAAAACCGAAUGGGGUAAAGAGGUCGGGUGGAUAUAUGGUUCUGUCACUGAGGACAUAUUGACAGGCUUCAAGAUGCAUUGUCAUGGCUGGCGUUCAGUAUAUUGCAUUCCGCAGAGGCCUGCAUUUAAGGGUUCAGCUCCAAUAAAUCUUUCAGAUCGUCUGCACCAGGUUCUUCGGUGGGCACUAGGAUCUGUUGAGAUUUUGUUGAGUAAGCACUGUCCUAUAUGGUAUGGCUAUGGCUGUGGAUUGAAACCGUUGGAACGAUUCUCUUAUAUAAACUCAGUUGUCUAUCCUUUGACAUCAAUUCCCUUAGUCAUUUACUGUACCUUGCCAGCUGUUUGUCUCCUUACAGGAAAAUUCAUUGUUCCUGAGCUUAGUAACUAUGCAAGCAUCAUUUUCAUGGCGCUCUUCAUAACAAUAGCACUUACGAGUGUCCUUGAAAUGCAAUGGGGAGGCGUAGGAAUACAUGACUGGUGGAGAAACGAGCAGUUUUGGGUGAUUGGUGGCACGUCAUCUCAUCUGUUUGCACUUUUCCAGGGUCUGCUCAAGGUACUGGCAGGUGUUAGUACUAGUUUCACGGUUACUUCAAAAGCCGGGGAUGACGGAGAUUUUUCAGAACUCUACCUCUUCAAAUGGACAUCAUUGUUGAUCCCGCCUCUGACAUUGCUUUUCAUAAACAUCAUUGGAAUUGUAGUUGGAGUCGCCAACGCUAUCAACAACGGGUAUGAUUCUUGGGGUCCGUUCUUUGGUAGGCUAUUCUUUGCAGGUUGGGUCAUUCUCCAUCUUUAUCCAUUCUUAAAGGGAUUCUUGGGGAAACAAAAUAGGCUUCCUACAAUCAUACUUGUCUGGUCGAUACUUCUAGCUUCCAUUUGCUCGCUGUUAUGGGUCCGACUCAACCCAUUCACAUCGAGAGAUGGUCUUGUAUUAGAAAUUUGUGGAUUAGAUUGCAAUUAAGGAAACAGAAUAUUGCAUAAACAUGCUACUAUUUCUCGUCGAAGAGGAAAGAAAUCCCUAUGACAGUGCUGAAGAAAAUCCCGACGGGCAGGGAUGUGUGUAAAUAUUAUGGGCAUUGACAUAUUGUCAUCUAAUUUGCCUAAUUUUUAUAAAUUAUUUGUGAAAAGUUAGUUUAGCAAUAAAAUGUCAAUGAAACUGAAUUUAAAUCA